GGUGCGCUCCGUCCAUCCCAUCGCAUCCCGCUGCGGGACAUCCAUCCCACCGCAUCACAUCCAUCCCAUCGCAUCCAUCCCAUCGCAUCACAUCCAUCCCAUCGCAUCCCCCCGGUGCGGUGCGGGCUUCAAUCCCAUCGACAUUCCCCGCAUCCCGGCGCGUCCCGAGGCGGAGCGGGGCAUCCCCGGCAGCGCAUCCCGGAGCGGGGCAAUCCCAUGGAGGCCGAGGGUUACCGCUGCCGCAGCAGCCGCCACAUCGAGAGCGGCCAGUCGGCCGUGCCCAGCUCGGUGCUGUUCUCCGCCGGCCUUUUGGGGAACGUGCUGGCGCUGCUGCUGCUGGGCCAGCACCGCCGCCGCUCCCGCUCCUCGCCCGGGGGCCGUCCGCCGCGGGUCUCGGCUUUCUACGUGCUGGUGACAGCCCUGGCGGUCACCGACCUGCUGGGCAAGUGCCUGAUCAGCCCCAUGGUGCUGGCAGCCUACGCCUACAACCGCAGCCUCAGCCAGCUGGGGCCGGCCGUGCGCGGCGAGGAGCAGCCGGGGGUGCUGUGCCAGCUCUUCGCCUUCCUCAUGGCUUUCUUCGGGCUGGCCCCCACGCUGCUGCUGCUGGCCAUGGCUCUGGAGUGCUGGCUGUCCCUGGGACACCCCUAUUUCUACCGGCGGCACCUGACCCGCCGCCUGGGCGCGGCGCUGGGGCCGGCGGCGGCGGGGCUGUGCGCGCUGUUCUGCGCGCUGCCGCUGCUGGGCUUCGGGGAGCCCAUGCAGUACUGCCCGGGCACCUGGUGCUUCAUCCGCAUGGCCGGCGGCGGGGCGGGCCGCCUGGGCUUCCCCGUGCUCUACGCCAGCCUGAUGGGCUUGCUGGUGCUGGCCAUCGUGGCGUGCAACGUGAGCAGCAUGCGGCAGCUGUACGGCAUGGCCCGCAGGCAGCCCCGCCGCGGGGCGCCCCCCGCUCCCGCCGCCGCCCCGCGCAUGGAGGAGCUCGAUCACCUCGUCCUGCUGGCGCUCAUGACCGUGCUCUUCACCGUCUGCUCCCUGCCGCUCAUCAUCCGUGCCUACAUGGGCGCUUUCGCUGCCGAUUUCAACGAGAACGCCGACCUGAGCGCGCUGCGCUUCCUCUCCGUCAACUCCAUCGUGGACCCCUGGGUGUUCAUCAUCUUCCGCACCUCCGUCUUCCGCUCCUUCGUGCGCCGCGUCUGCCGCCGCCUGGGCUCCCGCAGAGCCUCCCUGCCCCGCAAGGGCUCCGGCGCUGCCGGUGACAGCCGCUUCUGUCCCCCGGGCUGCCGCAGGACAGCUCCGCCGCCGCCCGGCAUCCCCUGA